AACCUCAGAAGGGUUUCCCUCAUUCCAUUGUCGUGACGUGGCAUUUUGGACAUUUUGUAAUAUUAACAAGUUCAAUUUCAGAAAAUGUGAUCAGUGAUUAUAUACGACGGAAUCGGUUCAUUCAUCGCUGAAAGUUUUGGAGUUACUUGCCGAGACUAUUUAUGAGAGUGGGCGGUUAUUUCUUACUCGUGCUUGGUUGACAUAAUUUACGUGGCUUAUCUCACGCGCGGUCAGGCAUUCUAACGGCUUGGAAUACGUUGAAGAAAGAGAUCACCUCGCGGAUAAAUAAAAAAUAAAAUAUAUCAUUUCAGAUUUGUAAUUUUUUCUUACAGCGUUUCGAGAUGGUGUGUUUUCAGCCAAGCGCUAAAGUUGUUGCCGGACUGUGGUUGUCGAUAAUGUAAUUCUCCUAAGUAGCCGUACGACAGGUGCAUACUGACUUCUAACUAUUUUCCAGAUAUUAUUCCGAUAAAACAUCGGGAAACGUUUUUCUCGUAAUCCAGCUAAAGGUGCUUGUACCUUGGAUUGGACAAUACAACUACCCGCGGAUUCACUGUCCCGGACAUCGACUGUCUGCCGGACUUCCCACACUAGCUGUCCCUGGUUUGAAUUCGUGUCCACGCCUGCAUUUGCAGUUUUGGGACUUGGUUUAUGGAGAAAGCGGUGAUCUCGUUCCCAUUUAUGCCACCGUGUGACAACAAUGUGGUGGAUUUCUGGACUAUAAUAUAGCAAUUGAGAUUAACUAACUGAACGUUAGUUCUGCCCUUCACCUCUGGAAUCUAUUUGGGUUUUAAAAUGGAGAAGAAGAACAAAGCAAACGGUGUUCGUUCGCCGCAACUUCGAGGCUUCAAUUCAACGGUCAUCCAGUCCCCCAGUGGUAGCAGCGCAAGAGAGAGAGUGCACAGUGUCGACCCGUACGGCUUUGAGCGCUCCCCAGACUUUGACUACGAGUCUUACGAGGAGCUGAUGUCAGAGUACCUGGCCGUCCUCACCAGGAGGUCCAUCAAAUGGUCCAAGCUGCUGCAGGGCCGUGGGCGGCUGGAGAAGAGCAUCAAGGUGAAACGGUAUGUGCGUAAGGGGGUGCCCAAUGAGCACAGAGGGCUGGUCUGGAUGUCAGCCAGUGGAGCCCAGAACCAGCUGGAGAAGAACCCAGGGUACUACCACUCUCUCCUGGACGCUAGCAGGCAGCAGCAUGACCCUAAGUUGGUGGACACCAUACACACAGAUCUGAACAGAACCUUUCCUGACAACAUCCAGUUCCGCAACACAUCUAACCCAUGCCUCCAGAAAUCCCUGUACAAUGUGCUGCUUGCAUACGGACACCAUAACCCUGCCGUGGGCUACUGUCAGGGCAUGAACUUCAUCGCUGGGUACCUCAUCAUCAUCACUAAAGACGAAGAGAAAUCAUUCUGGCUGAUGGACGCUUUACUGGGCAGGAUACUACCAGACUACUACACCUCGGCCAUGCUGGGUCUGAAGACGGACCAGGAGGUGCUGGGGGAGCUGGUGAGGACCAGAGCCCCGGCCGUAUCGCAGGCCAUGGGCCAGCACAAUGUCAUGUGGACCCUGGUCGUCUCCAGAUGGUUCAUCUGCCUCUACAUCGACGUCCUGCCUGUAGAGACGGUUCUGCGAAUCUGGGAUUGUCUGUUCUACGAGGGUUCUAAGAUCCUGUUCCGGGUGGCUCUGACGCUGAUCCAGAGCCAGCAGGCUGAGGUGCAGCGGGCCGGUUCCCUGCCUGACGUCUGCGACAGCUUCAAGCUCAUGACCCGCGGGCCUCUCGUAGAGGACUGUCACACAUUCAUGCAGAAAAUCUUCACAGAACCCGGAAGCCUCUCCAUGGCAACCAUAACCAAGCUCCGUGAGACGUGUCGAGCCCGCAUCAUAGCCGAGGAGUCCUGACCCGGCAGCCGUCCUCCAGACCUGUCAAUCAAACACACUACACAUUCCAGGCUGCGUCCCAAUUCUCCCUAAUGGCUUCCCCUUGUUAGUGGUGUGGAAGGAAAGGACACAAGCAAGCUAGAGGAAGAGGGUGUUACAGAAUUUUGGGACUGUGCCCCAGACUAUUUUGCACUCUUUAGUCUAGUAGCUAGACUUGAUUGUAGACUACGACUGUAUGGAGCCUGUUUGCUAUGUAGCCUGACUUGUAGGUCUGCAGACUGAUUUGUAGCCUGACUGCAAUACUAGUGAAUCAGCGUGUUAAAAACACUGACACACAGGAAGAUAGAUGCUGCAUUAAAUGUGUGUGAGAACACAACCUUGAGUAACCAGCACCACUGUCUAGAUUUAGGUACAUAUGUAUAUGCUGUAUAUGACAGGGGGAGUCUGUUUUGGUGGGAAAAAUGAAGAUCCUUCAUUUAAUACAUGUUUUAGUCCAGGAUUGGAGUUAAUCGGAGUAGCUCAAUGGUGGGACUGAUGGAGGAUUCCUUGUUUUUAAUGUUGCCGACAAAAGCUAUUUUUAACUGGAUGAACAUAUUUUUCUACGACUUCGCCACACAUUUGU